AUGGACCAAGGGGCACAAGCUGAGCCAAGUGGUUUGACCAACUGGUACCGCUUCUACCUGGUCCGCACAGGUGAUUAUCAGCAUCAACUCAAAGCGCUUCAUGACAAGCAUGGGCCUGUUAUCCGCCUCGGGCCCAACGUUGUCGACUUGGAUUAUCCUGAGCUUAUCAAGACCAUGUACGGCACCGACAACAAGUACCUGAAAACUGACUUCUACCAUAACAACUCGACCAAGAUUGUGCUCACAGUUGAGCCUCUGGUCGACAAGGUAAUCGAUCAACUGCUAGAGCAUCUAGAAGAACGUUUCGUUAAGACCGCCAAGACAUGCGAUCUGGGUGAAUGGAUCGCGUUCUGCACCUGGGACAUGGUAGGCGCAGCAUCGUUCAGCGAGGACUUUGGCUACAUGGCUCAAGGCAAGGACCACGACGGGACCAUCUCCACAGAGGACAAGGCGUUCGAUUACUUUGCUGCCAUCGGCCAGGUGCCAAUCCUAGACUAUUGCUUGGACAAAAACCCAAUCAAGCGGAUUGGCCCGCCGAACCUGGGAAAUGCCACGAGGGUGGCAAUCGAGCACAUUGCGGCACGCACCCAAGGAAACGACCGCAACUUUGACCCCAAAACACCGGGUUAUUUGCAACGUUUUAUGGAAGUAAAAGAGACGUAUCCAGACAUUGUCGAUGAUGGAAUGGUCAUGAACUAUGUAUUCAUCAAUCUGCUUGCUGGUUCGGACACCACAGCAUUGACUAUCAGGGCGGUUAUGUACUACGUGUUGAAGCAUCCGGAUGUCUACCGCAAGCUGAAGAGCGAGCUCGGGAAACUUGAAUUGGGGCGCAUAGCGCAGUAUUCUGAAGCCAAGGCAUUGCCAUACCUCGACGCUUGCGUUCGUGAGGCCAUCCGCGUCCAUCCAGGGGUAUCGAUGAUGCUGGAACGGUACGCCCCCGCGGAAGGUCUUACACUGCCCGACGGUCGCUACAUUCCCCCCUUCACCAAGGUCGGCAUGAAUCCUUUCAUCAUCAACCGGAACCCGUGCAUCUGGGGCAAUGACCCCGAUACUUUCCGUCCGGAGCGCUGGCUGCAGCAGGAUGAUGAGUCGGGAUCGGCAUUCGCGGAGCGCACCAAGCUUUUCAAUGCGGCCGAUUUCUCAUUUGGUGCGGGUUCAAGGAUGUGUUUGGGUCGACAUUUGGCGCUGCUUCAGACGUAUAAGAUAGUCGCAGCCUUGGUGGGACGGUACGAUAUUAGGCUGACGAACCCGGAGCGAGAAUAG